AUGACAACAGAAAAUUACCGAUCGGUGGAUUCAUUUAUUGUCAUAGGCAGUCCACCUUGUGGACAUCGAGGUUCGGCCUGGUCCGGCUUUCGCAAUACUGCCGAUUUCAUCCUUUACCGGGGAGCAGAGAUCACCAUUGGUGCCGAUGUACCUGUGACUUUCCGUGCGUCUGAUACGGGUAGUGUACGCAUCAGUCAGUCGGUGAUAUCAGCUAUCGAUUAUAGUAUUGAUGUGGGUAGCUGGUAUACUGGUCCCAUGGCAGAUCUCUUUUACAACAACACUGUCGGCUCUAACGUGGUCUCCUAUUUUCGUACACUCCCGAAUUUAGAGUUUCAGAGGCGCUUCAAUGGCACACCAGGCUGCAGUCCCUUGAGUAUGGAUGAGAUGAAAACUUCACUCAGCUCAUACUCAUAUAAUAUUCCUUCUGGUUCCAGAAGCAGCUUCGCAAUCUAUUCUGCCCUGAGUCGAGCAUAUCAGACCGGUGCUGACUUCUCAGGCCUGGCAAAUUGUGUGCCGUUCCCCUUCUACUUAUUUGGUCUGUUGCGGACAGCGAAUGCCAGCUUUGCCCCAAUAGACGGAGCAGCAGGGAUAUGGUUGAGCGACAAGUGGGUGACGGCGGCUUCCGUCACCCACGCCAUCAAUGUUACCACCCUCACCGCCGGUGCCAGCGCCUCCUGUAUCAAAACCCCCAAGCCCGCCAUUACCCACUGCAUCAAGACCACCAUCCCCAGUCUCCAGCCACCCUGCCACCUCCACUCCAACAACCUCCCGCCAAGUCCCCCAGGUCCCCCAGGAGGGAAUUCCAUCUUGGCCAACGACUUCCCCUUCCUGGAUUGCAAGGGGAGUACUACCACUUCACCGUACCGCAUGUCAUCCCUUUCGGGCCCCUUCAAUGUCACGAGCCUAACAGCCACCUACUGUUUUACAGCGGCCGUCAGCAGUUCCCCGGUACCGGGCAGCUCGUGCACCUCAACGACCAUUGACAAGAUUGCUUUCAUUCUCGUGCUUCCCCCCAAAAAGCAGCGGACCCACAUCCUCCACGGGGGAACUGGGGACACGGACAUAGUUACCAACAGCGUUAUUUUUUUGAGGAAUAUAUUCCGAAUUCGGAAUAAAAAAAUGUUCGUGGUCCUGAAAGUUAAGAACAAAUAA